AUGGCUGCAAGUGAAUCCCACCCCGACAUGUUCGGGUUGACCGUCCUAUUCAGGAAACACAAAAUUACCGUUCUGGUCGAGCUCAAGCCUCACGACAACCUCUCCAAAGCCAAAGAAAAUAUUUUGCUUAGCUUGAAAUCUCGCUCGCUGACUGAUAUUAAUGGUGAUGCGAUUCCCGAGCAGCCAGAAGACAUCGAGCUUGGUGUUCCCGUUGAUCGAAGCAAUCCUGCGAAGGGUUGGAAACUACUCGUGAUACCUGAAGAAUCCGGCGACAGCAUCGAGGAAGUUCGCCGUCAAAAUGGGGAUUUGAUUGCAUUCCGCUUCCGAGACGAAAGCAAUGAUGAUGAUAGUUGGGACAUCCUCAUACCCGAAUAUGGUGAAUAUGAUGAGGAGUAA